AGUAGGCCUGAAUAAACGUCAAAGUAAAUACUCAUAAUUACGGCAUUACAUGGCAUCAAAGAACAAACAAUGUAUUAUUUUAGCAGGUAUCUUCUGGUGAUGCUGUUUCACAGCACCCUGGUCCUGGGACACCGUCCGCUUGAAAGGAGUCACUCCUUGUCACUGGUGACAAUGGUGCCACUCCUGGAACUGGAAAGGAAACUGAUUGAUAACCUCGAAAACUAUACAAAUGCCCUGGAGCAGAAGCUGGAGAUAAUUCGCAGUCAACUUCUAGUCAUGCGUGCAGAAAACGAGAAAGGAAUGAGGAAUGCUGUAUCCUAUCUGUCCAAUCCUCUGAAUAGCUUUUCACUCAUCCGACGAUUGCAUCAGGAUUGGAUCAAGUGGCGAAAGUACAUGGAGCAGCCAGUGGGGAUCUCGCAAUUGAAAGCAUUUUACAGCUGGGAGGAUGAGCUUCCCACUGAACGUGACUUAUGGGAUGCCUGCGAGGGCAUAGGAAGAAUUACGAGUACAUAUGACCUGAAAGUUGGCGAUUUUAUUAAUGGGAACAUAAAAGGAAAGCAGUACAAUGCCAGCAUGAGUUCUGCAGACAUUCUUUCGGUAGGUGCUAUCCUUGCCAAGAAAAAUAGUCCAUCGGAUGCUAUUCAAUGGCUGCAGGAAGUGCCUCAGCGCCUCCAAGAGGAACUUCUAAUUCGGCCAAGGCACCUGUCAAUCAAAGAAGUGGAUGCUCUAAGAAUACUCGCCGAGGCCCAAAUAAAAGAAAAAAACUAUUCAGAAGCCUUGCCACUGCUGCACAAUUGCUUGAAGCUACUGCCCCACGAUGCGCGUCUUCUUCGACUGUGGAAAAAAACAACGGACCUCAUUGCGAAUCAACCAGACCCAUCCCCUACAGAGGAUAAAGAGCGGAAAGUUGCAAUCGCAAAUGCGUUCAAAUUAGGCUGCAACAAACCCCUCGAGAGCUCCACUAGACUGCACUGUUUCUAUAACUUUACCACGACUCCAUUCCUCCGCUUAGCUCCUCUCAAAAUUGAGCAAAUCGGAUUGGAUCCAUAUGUGGUGCUUUAUCACGAAGUGCUCUCUGCUCGAGAAAUAUCAAUGUUGAUAGGCAAGGCUGCUCAAAAUAUGAAAAACACCAGAGUUCAUAAGGAACAAGGAGUUCCAAAAAAGAACCGGGGAAGAACUGCAAAGGGCUUUUGGUUCAAAAAGGAGAGUAACGAGCUAACGAAGGGAAUUACUAGGCGCAUUAUGGACAUGACUGGCUUUGACCUGGCUGAUUCUGAAGGAUUUCAGGUGAUUAACUACGGCAUAGGUGGACACUAUCUUUUGCACAUGGAUUACUUUGAUUUUGCGUCUAGUAAUCACACUGACACACGAAGUGGCUACUCCAUGGAUUUGGGCGAUCGAAUUGCUACUGUGCUUUUCUAUCUGACUGAUGUCGAACAAGGUGGAGCCACCGUCUUUGCAGACGUAGGGUAUUCUGUGUAUCCCCAGGCCGGAACCGCCAUCUUCUGGUACAAUUUGGAUACGAAUGGAAAGGGUGAUCCCCGCACAAGGCACGCCGCCUGUCCAGUGAUUGUGGGUUCCAAAUGGGUGAUGACCGAGUGGAUACGCGAAAAGCGGCAGAUCUUCAUCAGACCCUGCCUGCCCCCAGCAAAGGGAACCUCUACGAAAUCAUAGACAAACAAAUUUCCGCCGUAAUCACUCUGCACACUUAACAAAAACCCACGGAGCUCAGCUUAAAUGCCUUUUUAAAAUGCCAACACGGAAAAAUAAAGUGCUGAGUGGUUGAUAGUCCCUGAAAGUCGGGGGGAUACGGAAGGGCAUCUGCUCCAGCGACAAGGUAAAACCAAAGGCCACCGCAGCCGCAUUUUAGCAUACUCCUAGGUGACCCCCAUGCCCUGAUUCCCUGACUCCCAUCCCGAUUCCCGGCUGUUGGUGGCGUCUAGUGUCUGACACCGCGUACGUGAUGUGCAACUUAAUGUUUCAAUUAGAGGU